AUGGCUGAAAGAAAAAGAAGUCGAUUAAAACUGAAGGCAAAGAAGACAAACAGUUAUGCAAAGGUUCCUGGUAGUGCCAACAGUUCCAAGAAACCAAAUACAGAACCAAUCACUAAUCAAAUGUCUGUUGAAUCAAUGAAAACCACCAGCGUUUUAAAUUUGGAUUCGGAUAACCAGAAUAUUGAUGUCAUUGAUGUCAUAGAUGAUGACGAUGAUGAUGUUUCAGUUGGAACAAAGUUUGUAGUCAAUACACCGGAACCUAAACUAGAUGGAAAACUAUUAGAUCUUCAACAGAAGAUGUCAAAAUUUAGAUUACCAGUUUGUGAUGUAUGGAAAUUAGAUGAUCUACCUCCUUAUAUUGUAAAGGCUACAUUUCAGACUAAAACUACAUCACCAACAUGUCAUACAUGUACAGAAGAGUUACUUCCCUUACAACGAUUUAGUAUGAAAUAUUUGACAUCAAAGAGACCUGAUUACAACUUCACUGUAGAUAGCUCAGAACAAUCAAUUUAUGAUAUAGACAUUGCUGUGCAGAAAGAGCAAGGAAAUACUUACAAAAGAAAAAACUUAGAUGUUUUUGUAGGUGAUUCGAAGAGAAAGAAAAUAGGUGAUGGUGGAUUAAAUAUUGCCAAGUGUACAGAACUGAUGAAUAAAACGGUCAUUGAUAAACUAGUCAGUAGGCCUACAGAAGACCUAUCUUGUAUUACAAAUAACACCACCACAUUAUGUCCAAUUUGUUUAUUAACAUUUCCUUCCAGUGUGUACCAAAUAGAAAUAGAUAGUCACAUAGCUUCAUGUUUAUCAUUGGCUGAUGAUGAUGUUGAUUGGUGA